GAAAAGUAAAAUGUGCGUUAGUGUGUAGUACAGCCAGAAGUACAGGCAAACUAAACAACCACUUAUCAACGGAAAGCGAGUCGGUGGUGCAUUCAUCCAAGACAUCACAAUCGCACGUUCUUAUGACUUUUGUCCACAACUGCGAACCGUAGCUUGUCUCUCCUGAGUUGCCGUAGAUCAUCGCAGCGCAUAUGCUUGAGAUUGAAACGUCCACGAUUUGUCCAACACAACGUUUCUAAUAAUACGCUGAAGGCAAGGGAGGCAUCAAAAUGUCCGUUCAGUCAACAAAUCCAAACAAUCCGAUUGUUUUCUUUGACAUUACUAUUGGAGGGCAGGAUGUCGGACGGAUGAAGUUUGAGCUGUUUGCUGAUGUGGUUCCAAAAACAGCUGAGAAUUUCAGGCAGUUCUGCACAGGAGAGUUCAGGAAGGAUGGUGUCCCUAUUGGUUACAAAGGUUGCACAUUCCACAGAGUGAUCAAAGACUUUAUGAUACAAGGAGGGGACUUUGUGAAUGGUGAUGGGACAGGUAUUUGCAGCAUCUACAGAGGUCCAUUUGCAGAUGAAAACUUUAAAAUGAAGCAUUCAGUGCCUGGCCUUCUGUCCAUGGCAAACAGUGGGCCAGGGACGAAUGGUUGUCAGUUUUUCAUUACCUGCACUAAAUGUGACUGGCUAGAUGGGAAGCAUGUUGUUUUUGGAAAACUGGUUGAUGGUUUGCUGAUCAUGAGAAAAAUUGAGAAUGUCCCGACAGGACCCAACAAUAAGCCCAAGCUCCCCAUCAUUAUUGCCCAAUGUGGAGAGAUGUGAUCCAACAUGUCUCCAACUGUAUAAGAACCUUGUACCCUCAGAUUCAGAUUCACGGAUGGUUUUGUUAGUCCUCUUCAAAUACUUGACCAAGUAUUUAAUUGUAUCGAUGCCUUCUCUAACUUUGUACACUGAAAGACCACUUAAAAGUCUGAAGUUCAUGAUUAUGGGUAUGUUUUGAGUCAUGUCUGACCCCACGUUACCUGUUGCAUCAAUACCUAGGAUUUCCUGGUCGAACCUGACUUGUGGGUUAAAACUCCCCAUUUGAAAUUUAAUGUUCACACAAUUGCUACUUUUUUUCACUGUAUAUGGAAACAGUUUUUUGUUAGCCUGUUGUCAGGGAUGAUCAAUAAAUAGAUUUUCUAAA